AUGUAUAGCGGAAUUAUCGGUGAAGAAUUUCAAGUGGAUAUUUAUAUUGGUGUUGUGUAUUAUCGACGCCUUCAUCAUAUGGUAUCGGAUAAAUGGCAAGUUAGAUCAACUGGGCCUAUUCAUAAUCUUACAAUGCAACCAAUUGAAGGUCAUAAAAGAAAUAAACAAGGUAGAGAAGUAGCUAUAAAAGAUACUCAUUUUUUAGAUAAAUCAAAAAAUAGAGUAAAACAAGCAUUGCAUAACAAUAAGCUUUUAAAAGGAAUGAGAACUGUAUUAGAUGAAUGUGGAUUUAAUAACCGUAUGCUCUGA